AUGAAUGUCGCUGUCUCAAAAAAAGUAGCACUGAUUAUGAUUAAAAAUGAAACUAAUAAUCUUCUUAGAAUAAUGCAAAAAGAUAGUCAAAAAUAUAACACUAAAGUCAUUAGUAAACUGACAAUCAAAGUGGACACAUUGCAAAAAAGUGUUGAAAAAUCACGUCAUACAUUAGAUGAGCUGAGUACAGAAGUUGCAACUGGUCAUUCAGCAGGAUCAGAUCUUCUUUCUGGUGGAUAUGAUAUUUGGCUUGGAGCAACUACAAUUCAUCUUUAUCCUCAAGGACAUUAUUCCUAUACACACCAAAUCGCUCGAACUUCGUAUUCACUAUUUGCAAUGUCAGAAGGAACUCACGUUUCUAAUUACUGGUAUACUAUGAUAUUCAGUCAAAGCUUAUGGUAUACGACACUUUUUUUCCUUUUGACUGUGGCUGCUUUUCUUGUGAUAACAUACAGAUUAAAAAAAAAUUUCUGCAAAAGUUACAGUGAAUACCAUGAUGAAUUUUCUGGAGUUUCGUUUAUUCUCAUUUUCGUUCUUGGAGGUGUGACUGGACAAGGUAUACAGACGAUUCCUUCAUCUUGGUCACUCAGAGUUCUCAUUGUCACGGCUUUAUUAAUGGGAGCAGUGAUUUCCUGCGGUUUUAGCAGCACCCUUACAUCGUUUUUGGCAAUCCGUGGUAGGCGUCUGCCACUUAAAGGUUUAGAAGAUGUCGCUAUGAAGCGAACACAUUCGCUUUGCGUGAGAAAUGAUAGUGGUGCUUAUGUAAAUUUAACUACAACACUCACUGCAGGCGCACCACUUCGUGCUGAAUGGAAAGAUAUCGUGAAUACAAAGCAUUGUCCUGAUAUGAAAGACACGAAAACUUUAGGAACAAAAUUAUGCAAUCCUGGUGUCGUUUUUCUCGAAGCUCCAGACGUUUUUUUAUCUGUCUAUCGGCUGGUUCAGCAUCGUUGUGACGUUGUUCAAAUAAAUGGAGAUUAUUGGCCUUUAAAAAUAUCUUUUUUAUUCGCAAGGUCUUCAAGAAUCCAACUUAUUAUUAAUAAAUACUUAGUGCGGCUCCACUCAUCAGGAAUUCUUAAAUAUUUGGAGAAGAAAUGGAUCUCUAGAGAAUUUCCAGAUUCAACGGAUCAUAAGUUUAGCUUCAAACCAGUCGAACAUGCACACAUUCGAUUUAUAUUUCUUGGACUUUGUCUUUUUAUUAUUAUUAGUGCUGUUGUUUGUGUAUUCGAAAAUGUUUGGUAUAAUUUAUCAACGCAAAUUGCGAAGAGUUUAAAAGUUAGAAAAAGAAAAAAAUUGAUCAAGGUGCUGAGGAUAGCAUUUACUAUUCGAUGCACGGAGAAAAAAAAACGACAAAUAUUGUUGAGAAAACAGGACAAAAAUUGUCGUGCCGCACAACAAAGUAGAGGCGAAGUUGAAACUCUAUAA